AACUGGAGGAUUAAAGGAUUGCACCUGGUUACCGAACCGUAAAGAUAAGGAUCUCAUUUUAAGCAAUAAUAGGCUACAUUCAAGCCUCUAAGAUGAAUGUCUGCUCUUAUGUCCGUGGCUUGUUGUACUGUUUUCCGCAGUUUUUUGCAGCGGCAGAAUGCUUUACCUCUGGCAUCGUUUUCAACUUCUGCCAAACUGUCAAAUGGUAGACAAAUCCGAUUCUCUGCCCUGGUCCUGUUUGCAUAUCGGCUGCAUUAUCUGUUGGAUUUCCACUUGUUUAUUUGAGCUUUUUUCCCCGCUUUUAAGCAGCUGUAUAAAUGAAAAGUGUUCGGGGGGAAAUAUUUCAGAAACUUGGGAGGAUGCACGUCUUUGUUUUUUUUCUUUCUUUUAAGAAUCUUCACUAUAAUACCUGCCUUCACCAGACGAUGGACAUGCUAUUGUAGCAGAUUAUCUUGUAGUUGUGAUGCACAAGACAUGCACAGAAAAGAUGUUCUGAUCCUGUGAUUUCCAAAAGCAUCUUGAAGAAACUCCUGAAUGGAUGAAACACCUGGCCUUUUCCAGCACAGUCUCCAGCCAGCUGUGGCGUUCAGAGGCCUCAACCGGGAUCGAGAGAGUAGCUGUUGACACGAUCCUGCCCUGGCAAUGACACCGACCGACUACAAGUACAUGCUACUCCGCUCCAGCUCAGAGAGUUACAGGAAGCAACCUUUCUUGUUCCAGGUGGACAGCAGCCAGAUGAAUUUAUUUGCCAUUUUAGAAGUCAGGAGGGAUAACUACAGAAGAUGGAGCACAUUGGUGUGUUUUAAGAAAGCAAAAUUGUACAGCAUUUUCUUUGGGCUGACUGUUAUGUUUCUUAUCAUGGCGUCAUACAUUCUGACUGGAGAUAAGAAAGGGCUCUUGCUGACCCCCUCGCCGUACCACUUCAGCACCUUGGAAAACCCUGGGUCCCUCCCCCUCAACCUGUCUUCCACGAGGGAUUACGUGAACAUAAAAUUAGUCCUAAAAACGAUCAAAUCUAAUAUAGAAUUCACCUCCAGGCAGGUGCCGGACUUGAAAGAACUUUUAAGAAAUGAACCACAUAUGUUUUCUGUGAUUCCCCAUGAAUUCCUUCAGAAUGUUAAAAACCCUUGCUGGUAUGAAGAAUACUCUGGGAAUAUCACUGCUGAUCCAUAUGGGACGAACUUGUAUGCACUUUAUUCAAAGCGUUUCCGAACUGUCUUUGAUUACCUGAGAAAUGCUUUCCGGGAACACUUGUACCACCAUGAAAGCAAGAACUAUCGCAUCCGAUGUCUACCAUAUUUCUACAUCAUAGGUCAGCCCAAAUGUGGUACUACAGAUCUUUACGACAGGCUAAGGUUACACCCAGAUGUGAGGUUUACCACCUUCAAAGAACCACACUGGUGGACAAGGAAAAGAUUUGGAAUCAUUCGAAUGAGUGAGGGCUUCCAUGACCGAUAUCCUGUGGACGAUUACCUGGAUCUUUUUGAUCUGGCUGCUUAUCAGAUCCAAGAUCACUUGCUGGGAAAUUCAUCUGGAAGCAAGUACAAGAGGAACAUCAUCAUUGGGGAAGCAAGUGCCUCUACAAUGUGGGAUAACAAUGCCUGGAUCUAUUUCUAUGACAACAGCACUGAUGGAGAACCACCAUUUCUGACCCAGGACUUCAUCCACGCUGUUCAACCGAAUGCCAAGUUUAUUAUCAUGCUCAGAGACCCUGUGGAGAGGCUGUAUUCAGACUACCUUUACUUCGGAAUUGCCAAUAAGUCUGCAGAGGAUUUCCACGAGAAAGUGUCUGAGUCUCUGCAGCUGUUUGAGGGGUGCCUGCUGGAGUUCUCAAUGCGAUCCUGUGUUUAUAACACCACACUCAACAACGCCAUGCCUGUCAGGUUACACGUAGGACUGUACAUCAUCUAUUUACUGGACUGGCUCACAGUUUUUGACAGAAAUCAAAUAUUGGUCCUUCGUCUGGAAGACCAUGCCUCCAAUCGGAAAUACACAAUGCACAAAGUCUUUGACUUCCUCAACUUGGGCCCUCUGACAGAGCAAAAGGAGGCAGAAAUUACUAAAAGCCCAGCUUCCAACACUAGAAGACCUGCUGAUAAAAACCUCGGACCCAUGCUGCCUGUCACCAGAGAGAUUCUCAGAAACUUCUACACUCCUUUCAAUGAAAAGCUGGCCAAAGUUUUGAGGAAUGACUCUUUCCUUUGGGAGAACCACGCAAAGCCCAUGUAAUGACUGUAAAAUCAAAUACAAAAUGUUUUAAUACAAA